AUGAACGCACAAAUCUACCUCCUCAUCACAACUAUAUUAGCUUCGAAUGCGAAAAUUCUAAGAAACAAUGCGCUCAUGUCGAAAAUGGUCUCCAACUUCCACAAAGACAACGACGUGUCCACAACGGAACUGGGCAAAUCCCAACCCGUUUUACACAGAAUGCAAAACCUCCUAUGCAAAAACUUUCCGUCCAUACCAUGUGAAUUGAUAACUCAAGAUGCAACGUUACGCGGUCUCAUAGAAAAAUCAAUCCAGCAGAUUAAUUACAAGAAAUUACGCAUGGAGAAAACGACGAUGUCGCCGCGGUAUUUGGCACUGUUUCCAAUAAUUGACAGCCGGGAUCUAAACUUCGAGCGUAAACCAAAGCAGAGGAAACACAAAUACAAACAUAAGGACCGCAAUUUGUACAGCCGGAAGAAGAUCCGCAAGUUCUACCCUCACAAAGUAAAAUACAAGGACAAGAAUGUUAAGAAUUUCGGCGACUCCGACGAGAAAUUGUCUAUGUCCGUUGAAGUACCGGAUGCGACGCAACAGAGAAAACAUCAGCGGGUCACUUACAAGGUAGAAGGCGACCAGCCGAUAUGGAGAAUCGAUUAUAUGAAACACGGAGAACCGAGCAUCAAUAUGUUCGGUUAUGAAGAUAGGUUGAAGGAUAAGAUCGUGAAAUCUGGUCAGGACGUUGUAAUGGAUGAUUUGGAGAGAAAAGACGUAUUACAUCCAGAUGUUUAUAUUAAAAAACGUAAUUUCGCAAGGAAGAACCUAGAUCUUAAUGAUGAUAUAUAA